AUGUUUAAUUCUAAAUCGCUGCUUUCUUACAACAAGUACAGGCAAUGGGAAAGAUCAUUGCGUCGUUUUAACGCCAGGAAGCGCUGGAACCUGGUUUCCUGGUUAACGAAGGGUACCUACGAGAACCUGAAGUUUAAGAACGGCUGGAAGACCACGUCUCACGUCAACGCUCCCAGGGCUGUGGAAUCCACGGACAAGGCCACCAAGCACUGCGAUAUGGAACGACUACACGAACAGGAUAGAGAAUAUUACAGGAAUCUCACUCGAUGA